AUGUCUCCGGAUAGCAGUUACGGGCGUUACGAUACGCCGACGCCAGUCGACAACAACAUGAUGAGUCCGGUGCUCAAGGAGCGAGAGCCAGAGCUCCAUAUAGAAUUUGAUGGUACCACGGUGUUAUGUCGAGUAUGCGGCGAUAAAGCCAGCGGCUUCCAUUACGGAGUGCAUUCUUGUGAAGGCUGUAAGGGGUUUUUCCGGCGCUCCAUACAACAGAAGAUCCAGUACAGGCCGUGCACAAAAAACCAACAGUGUUCUAUAUUAAGGAUAAAUAGGAAUCGGUGUCAGUAUUGCCGGUUGAAAAAAUGCAUCGCCGUUGGAAUGAGCAGAGAUGCCGUUCGAUUUGGACGUGUUCCGAAACGGGAAAAGGCACGUAUUUUAGCUGCAAUGCAGCAAUCCUCAUCAUCGCGAGCUCAAGAGCAAGCGGCCGCGGCGGAGUUAGAUGACGCACCUAGAUUACUAGCAAGAGUGGUUCGCGCACAUCUAGACACUUGCGAAUUCACGCGCGACCGCGUGGCCACCAUGCGCGCCAGAGCUCGCGACUGCCCCACCUACUCGCAGCCUACUUUGGCUUGCCCCCUUAACCCUGCGCCAGAGUUGCAGUCCGAGAAGGAAUUCUCUCAGCGAUUUGCGCACGUAAUCCGUGGCGUGAUCGACUUCGCCGGGCUCAUCCCCGGGUUCCAGUUACUCACUCAAGAUGACAAGUUCACGUUGUUAAAAAGUGGUCUUUUCGACGCUCUAUUUGUGCGGCUAAUCUGUAUGUUUGACGCUCCACUCAAUAGCAUAAUUUGCUUAAAUGGACAAUUAAUGAAAAGAGACUCGAUUCAGAGCGGUGCUAACGCGCGUUUCCUUGUGGACUCUACAUUCAAAUUCGCGGAACGUAUGAACUCUAUGAACCUGACCGAUGCCGAAAUCGGCCUGUUCUGCGCUAUAGUUUUAAUCACCCCUGACCGGCCGGGACUCCGCAAUAUUGAACUCGUCGAGCGAAUGCACGCACGGCUAAAGGCCUGCCUCCAGACUGUGGUCACGCAAAACAGACCAGACAGGCCCGGAUUCUUACGGGAGCUCAUGGACACACUCCCCGAUCUCCGUACUCUGAGUACGCUUCACACAGAAAAACUUGUCGUAUUUAGAACAGAACACAAAGAACUCUUACGACAGCAAAUGUGGGGAGAAGAAGAAGGAUGCUCGUGGGCCGACUCCGUCGCAGAUGAAUCUGCGAGAAGCCCAAUCGGCUCCGUCUCCAGCAGUGAAUCAGGUGAGGCUAUUGGCGAUUGUGGCACUCCAUUGCUAGCCGCAACUUUAGCGGGUAGAAGACGGCUCGACUCUCGUGGCUCUGUCGAUGAAGAAGCUCUCGGUGUCGCUCACUUGGCACACAACGGUCUCACAGUGACGCCGGUGCGGCCGCAGCCUCGCUACAGAAAGUUGGAUUCGCCAACAGACUCCGGCAUCGAGUCCGGUAAUGAGAAACAUGAAAGGAUUAUCGGUCCAGGGUCUGGAUGCUCCAGCCCUAGAUCAUCGCUCGAAGAGCAUUUAGAAGAGAGGCGACCACCUAUGCCAAAUGACACACGUCUCGAUGAUAUGCCCGUACUGAAGCGCGUAUUGGAGGCUCCCCCUCUAUACGAUACUCCUUCAUUGAUGAACGAGGCUUACAAGCCCCACAAAAAAUUCAGAGCCAUGCGCCGUGAUACCGGCGAGGCUGAGGCCAGGGCUGUGCCGCUCACCCCAUCGCCGAAGCCACCGCACCAUCCGCACCCGGCGAGCCCCGCACACCCUGCGCACUCUCCUAGGCCCGUGCGGGUAUCUCUGUCUUCGACACAUUCUGUGUUGGCGAAGAGCCUGAUGGAGGGGCCACGCAUGACCCCCGAGCAAUUGAAGCGCACUGACAUAAUCCAGCAGUACAUGCGACGUGGCGAAGUAGCCGCUUCAGAAGGCUGCCCCAUGCGCAACGGCGGCCUUAUGGCGUGCUUCCGCGGAGCAUCCCCCGCCCCCGAGCCCGUGCUGGAGCUGCAAGUGGACGUGGCCGACGCGCCGCUAAACCUCUCGAAGAAGUCCCCCUCUCCGGCGCGCUCGUACAUGCCGCGCAUGCUGGAAGCGUGA